CUUUCCCAGAAAAUAUUAUUAGGGAAACAAAAUGUUCUGCUUAUUUCUUUUAUUUAGGCUUAAUUAGACACUGAACACGCAAUCACGGUCAUUAAUUAAGAUGAUGAAUAACUAGAUUGUGGUGUACAGUUACAUGAAAAAUCGCUGGUUCCAAAAAGAUGGCUGACUUUUUGAGUUACAUGCCUAAAGAGAGCUAAACAUAAUCAUGGAUACCUACGAGUCAACAUUCACAAUAAAAGAGGAGGUUCUCUCUGAAAGUGAUGACACUUAUGUAAGUGAGUCUACAUUUGCUCGAGAACAUGAACCCGAGGCACCACUCAGUGAUCUAAAACCAGAAAAUGAGCAAAGUGUUGAAACUGACUGUGUUGGUUCAGUUUACAACGACAAAGGCAACCAGAGAAGUGUUAAUCCUCAAGUUGACUAUGAUAAACUCUCCAAACAAUGAAGAAGACACAGACACAGAUACUAUUAUUGAUGAAUCUGAUGAUUCAUUAAGUGAAGAAGCAACUGAUGUGAUAGACGAAAAGUUCUGUGCUGUCGAUCUGGAGCACAUCAUCCCUAAUACAGUGAGUAGAAAAAGGAAGAAAGUACAUAACACUCUUGACGACAAGUUAGACGCCCUCAGUGAUGUAACAUUCUCAGAAUCAAGUUCUUCAAGUGAUACUGAUUCGAGCUGGUCUCCCAGUGAAAGUGGAAUUAGUACUAUUCACAGAAAAAAGAGACGCAAAACCAAGAAUUUUAUCGAAAGAGAUGAUAACAACGGUUCUCAUGACAAUGGUUCUGAAAAACAGGAUACGAAACCAAAUAUGAAUUUUUAUCUCCCUAGAAAAGUGACAUUCCCCUUCAAAAUGGUUUCAAAGGUCGGAGGAAGAACUAACAAUAAAGAUGAGUACAAAGGUCAAGGUCAUGUUCGUACACUUCUUCCAAAGCCCAAAGUCCUGUGUUAUAAUAUUGCUCCUGCAAAAGCUAUGGCCAAAUGUGUAGCAGCUUCUAUCAAAGAUCGGGAGAAAUCUGAUGUCACCACAGCUGCUACACAAUCAGGAGCUGACGCCCAGAAACAAUCUACCAUCAACACACAAAAACAAUCAGUUCAGAAUGCAACUUCUCCUGUCAAGAAUCAUUGGCCCACAUUUCCCCUUAAUCUACUACCCCAAAGGGUAUUAUCAAAGAGCAUAAAAUCAAAGGGUAAGAUUAUCAUGAACAAUCGACCAAGGCUCUCCAUUCCCCAGAACAAUCAACAAAGGCUCCAAGUAAACAAGAACAAUCAACCAAGGCUCCCAAUUCCCCAGAGCAAUCAACCAAGGCUCACAAUAUCUCAGAACAAUCAACCAAGGCUACUUUCUCAGACCAAUCAACCAAUCACCAUGAUUCUUCAGAACAAUCAACAAAUGGCAAUGACUCCUCAAAUGAAUCAACCAAGACCAACAAUUAUUCAGACCAUUGAACCCAGAGCCAUGAUUCAGCAGAACCUUCCAGAGCCAAAGGCAGUUAUUUCUCCAAAUAAUCAACCAAUAGUAACAAUUGAUCCAUCUAAAACAACACCAAACAUAUUAAGACUGCCAAUUGUUCCACAAAAUAUAUUGCCCCAAAAUAUUUUACCACAGAACAUUUUACCUCAAAAUGUAAUAUACAUACCACAGAGUGCCACACCUGGGACUUUAGUUAAUCCUACUUCUGUCAACUCAAGUGCAGUUUAUCCCACUGCAGUUAAUCCUACUGCAGUUAAUCCUUCCGCAGUUAAUCCUUCCGUAGUUAAUCCUACUGCAGUUAAUCCUACCACAGUUAAUCCUACUGCAGUUAAUCCUACUGUAUCAUCCCUGACAAAGCAGCAACCUGUGAGUAUAAUAUUUCAAAGUAGGCCAGGUCAAAAUGUAGUAGGAGAUAAUGUGAGGGUUCUGCCACAAAAUAUGGUUUUAAAUUAUCAGAGGCUGGCAGCCCCAGUUAACAUUGGUGUAAAAAAUGCAGGGAACAAGUGUACCAAUGUACUAUUUCAAAAUAGUAAUGGUGCACAAAAUAUUGUUUUAAGAAGUGUUGCACCUUGGACUGUAGGAAAUGCACUAAACUCUACCAGUGAUGAUGUAACCUUAGCCUCAGCAAAUUUAACACCAAAUAGUGUAACAUUGCAACAUGUAACAUCCCAUACUGUAACAUCAUCUAAUGUGACACAGAGCAAUGUAUCAUCGGGAAUAUCAAUACCUCAUACCCCAUCUCCAAAUAUUGCAGUAUGUCCACCAAAUAUUCCCCUUGUUGCAACUUUCCAAAAUCCCUGUCAACAGAGAGCGCCAGCACAAAAUAUUGAUUUUAGAAAGAUUUCACCCUUGACUUUAGGAAAUGCGCUGAACUAUGUUAAUCAAGGUGUAACACCAGAAAACAUGGCACCAAAUAGGGUAACAUUGCAUAAUGUAAGUUCCCACAGUGUAGCACCCUAUAAUGUAAUACAAAAGGAUGUUUCAACGGAAAAUGUUUCAAUAUUUAGUGUAGCAACAGGAAAUGCUACACCAAGCUCAACAUCAGCACAAAGUGUACCACAAGGGACUGUAACACCUCAAAGUGUAACGCCAACAUUCAGGAUUUCCUCUCCUCAUGUCCCAUUAUCCAACAUUGUAGUCUCUCCACCAAAUAUUCCCCAAGUUGCAACUUUCCAAAAUCCUUCUCGACCAAGAAUGCCAGCCCCUACUACUUUAGUGCCAGCCACCAAGGUGAAAUCAAGUGGUGCUAAUCAGUAUACAAUAUACCCUCAUUGUCUAUCACAGCCAAAUGUUGUCCCUAGAGGUGCUGUUGCAAAAGCAAUAUUCCCAGGAGGUAUUCUAACAAAAGUUCCAAAUACUAAUACCACCCCUCAGGCUGUUUCCACUCCAGUUACAAGCACACAUCUUCAGACACAUGUCCCUCUGAGUACAGAGAAUCAACAUAUGGCAACAUACACUGAAACUAAACUUGAAACAAGAGUCACCAAACCAAGGAAUAUCAAACCAAAACCCACUCAACCUGGUGACUCCCCCGUUGUAUCAAUGCCCUGGAAAUCCUGGAAACCACCAACUGGUAAACGUUCAAAGUCUAAAUCUCUGAACAUGCAAAAUACAGAAAAAAUAAAACGUGAGCUCUCUGAGCACAGAAUAGACAAAAUGCCUUGGAGAAAUCCUUCUCCGAGGAUUGUGUGCCUUUGGAAAAAAUAUGUGAAAACAUAUGGGUUUAGGAAAUUGAAAAAAUGUGUGGCAUGCCAGGAAGAAGUGAAUGAUAGGAUAACACCAAGUCGAAUUGCUGCUUUAGAUGAAAGCUAUAAUCUUUUUAAGAAGGCAGGUUUAUUAAAUGAGUCACAAUAUUACAUGGCAGAUCUGAUUCUGCCAUACAUUUGUGCGUCUUGUACAAGCCAGGUGAAAAUGUUUGAAGUACAUCGAGAAAGAUACCUGAAAUACUAUAUGAACCUGAUUAAUAUGAAGACCUCAUUACUGACAGCGUUUGGACAUGAUACUAGUCAAAGCAAUGGAUUUGAAGCCAACAUCAUGCAACUAAAUUUAGAAUCAAGCAAACCAGAUGCAGAAUCGGGAGCCAAGAAUGCCGAGUUUGAAAAUGAGAAAAAACAGGACAUGUUAAAGCAAAAAUAUGGUUUAAAAACAUCACAACAGAUUCGCAAAAAGUAUUUGAAAAAUAUUCACCACCCACGUGUUGAUCAUAAGCUCAAUAAAAACCACACUAAACAGAAUAGUACAAAUGAAGCCUCAGAAGGUUCUAGAAGACCUAAAGGGACUCACCAGUCUCUAGAUGAUCAAUGUAAAAUUGUCAAACUGAAAAAGAUCAAAAUGAAACGUCGUCAAGUCCCUCGUCCACUUCAUAAAAGCGUGUGUACUGAUACUACCCUGAGUGUUCUAAAAGAUUUAGUCGAUCAAUCUCACACAAAGGCAUAUGUUCAGUCUAACCAAUCUUCACACCCACUUGCAAAGCUUGUAGAAGCUACUUCAUCCAUUCUGAAAGAUUCUGAGAGCAGCUCCGAACCACAUUUUACAAAAAAACUCUCAGAUAUAGCACCACCAAUCACCACGAUUCCUUCUCCAAUUACUCUGCCCAAAUCUGAUUCUCCAGCCAGUACAGAAAUAUCUGCACUUCUUCCUUCAGUUAUUGGAAAAGAUUCUGAAAGCUCCCAACCAUAUUUCACAAAAAAGCUCUCAGAUAUAGCACCACCAAUCACCACGAUUCCUUCUCCAAUUACUCUGCCCAAAUCUGAUUCUCCAGCCAGUACAGAAAUAUCUACACUUCUUCCUUCAGUUAUUGGAAAAGAUUCUGAAAGCUCCCAACCACAUUUCACAGAAGGGUUCUCAAAUAUAGCACCGCCAAUUGCCACAGUUACUUCUCCAAUUACUCUGCCCGAAUCUGAUUCUCCAGCCAGUACAGAAAUAUCUAUAAUUCUUCCUUCAGGAAUUGGAACUGACAUCAUUGGUCCUCCAGUCAAUAUACCAUUGGCUCCUAUUUCCCCUUUGAGUGACCAUGAUACAACUGAACCACCAGCUGUCCCCAAGCCAUCUAAACCCAUUAAAUCAACCCCUCGAGCACCACGUCCCAAGCCAACUAAACCCGUUAAAUCAACCCCUCGAGCACCACAUCCUUCUUCACGAGUUAUAAGUGAAGAUGAACAUGUAAUAAAUGAAAUAUACAGACAGACAUGUAAACCUAAUACUGUUAGAAUGAAAUUAAUGGAAAAACGUGCAGCCAAAAUGGCUGUCUCUUCAAGCAGUGUUAUACCCCCUCCACGUAUUCUGGAAAGGGAUGGUUCAAUGAAGCUACCAAUAGUGAUUGCACCAUCUUCCCCACCCCUUGAUGCCCCCCACACAAUGACAAUACCAAUAGUGAUUGCACCAUUUUCCCUGCCCCUUGAGGCCCCCCACACCAUGACAUCACCAAUAGUGAUUGCACCAUCUUCGCCAACCCUUGAGGCCCCCCACACCAUGACAUCACCAAUAGUGAUUGCACCAUCUUCGCCAACCCUUGAGGCCCCCCACACCAUGACAUCACCAAUAGUGAUUGCACCAUCUUCGCCAACCCUUGAGGCCCCCCACACCAUGACAUCAUCCAUGUUAAGUUUGGAUAGAUCAGCACCAAUUACACUGCCUGAAUCUGAAAAUCAUAGGACAGCCAGUUUCCAAAAAGAUACACCUUUAGUGUGGUCUGGUCAGUCAGUCAGGACUUCUGUUCAUGAUUCAGCUUUUACUGUUCAAGAUGAUCAUAUGAUUAAAGAUGAAGUUAUUACUAUAGAUGAAGACACUGAUGAAGAAACCAUUACAGAUGAAAGCUUUACGUCAGAUGAAGAUGUCCAUUCAUUUCCAAUCAAUGAUCCUAGAAUAAAAUCACUCAAGCUGAGGGCAAAGUGGAGAUCAAACUUUAUUUCAGCACAUACGAGGAGCAUCCGUUCUGCACAAGUUAAAAAGUCCAAAUUCUUAGGCAAUUCUGAAGCGCUCAUUUCAGUGAAAGGUAGCAGUUCAGUUUCAAAGAAUGGUCGUAAAAGACUAAAGUCUGUGCUAUCGCAAGAACCUUUAAAAAUAUCUUCUCUUUCUGCACAAGCAAGUGUUUCUCAAGAAAUUAACACUAACUCUAAAAGGGGUAUAAUGCAUUCAAAUAUUGACUCUAGUGACACUGUACAGUCGGAAAUUAACUCAAGUGGUUCUGUACAUCCAAUCAUUAACUCAAAUGGAAUUGAACAGUUAGAAAUUGACUCAAGUAAAAUGGUUCAGUCAAAGCUUGACUCAGGAGAAACUGCACAGCUAAAAAUUGACUCAGUUAGAACAGUGGAGCCGGGAAUUGAAUUGGAGGAAAAUGUACAGUCAGAAAUUGACUCAAAUGCUACUGUUCAGUUAAUAAUUGACUCAGGUGAAAAUGUACAGCCAGAAAUGACCAAUGUACAGCAAGGAAUUCACUCAAAUGAAAGUUCACAAUCAGAAAUUGAAUUGAUAGGACAAGAACAGUCAAGAAGUAAUCCUAUUGGUCCCCAGGAUCAGAUGGCAUUUGUAAUAGGAGGUGAAUGGUGCAAAGUUGUUCAAGUAAUUCCCGACUCGGAUUGUGCUGAGGAACAAAUACCAAGAACUAUGAGCUCAGAGCCAAUUCAUAGUAACAUACAGCUAGAAAAAAGUAAUUUACAGUCUGGAAUAUCGAAUACACAGCCUGGAGUAGGUAUAAAUGAUGUGCAGUCUGGGACAGAGAAUAGAAAGAUUUUAAAUAUGCCAGGAUAUAGUAUACAAGUAAGCAGUGAAGAGGCUGAAAAGACAGUUACAAUUCAGUCUGGGACAGAGAAUAAAAAUGUUUUAAAUAUGCCAGGAUAUAGUAUACAAGUAAAUAGUGAACAGGAUAAAAAGACAGUUACAAUUCAGUCUAGAGAAAGUGUGGUGAGAGAUGAUCAGCUCGGGGCUGAUGAUAACAUCCUUCUUCUACGCGGACCUCAGUUUUUACAUCAGCCUGUUGCAACUCAAACUGCGGACAUUUCACUCACCUCAGUCAAUACAGUAUCAUCUUUAGCUGUAAAUGCAUCAUCAACAACCCCGUUUUGUGUAUUAGUGCCUUCAAGUGUACCUCCAUCUGUUGAGGAAUCAGAACAUGCACAAAAUGACACAUCCAACAUGUACAAUGCGGAGCCAUGGAUUGAACGUAGAGUUGUAAAUGGACCACGUAGGGGUAGGGGGACUGUCAUUAACCUGGCUAAAAAUGAUAAUGAUGUGACAGUUGGGUAUUUAGAGCCAGCAUUUAUUCAGCCUAAGAAAAGAAAUUGA